GUUCCGGGUCGGGCGGAAGAUGGCGGCGCCCAUGGAGCUGUUCUGCUGGGCCGGGGGCUGGGGGCUGCCCUCGGUGGACCCGGACUGCCUGGCCGUGCUGACCUAUGCCAGAUUCACAGGCGCGCCGCUCAAAGUUCACAAGGUCACUAACCCGUGGCGAAGUCCCUCAGGGUGUUUACCUGCUCUGAAGACGAAGGAGGAAGGUGUCCUCUCCCAGAUGCACCAGAUCAUCACUCACCUCAGGAAACAGAAAUACAACGCUGACUACGAUCUCUCUGCGAGACAAGGGGCAGAUACACUCGCCUUUGUGUCUCUGCUAGAGGAGAAGCUGCUGCCCGUGUUGAUUCACACGUUUUGGGUAGACGCAAAGAACUAUGUGGAGCACACGCGGAAAUGGUAUGCGGAAGCCGUCCCCUUCCCGCUCAACUUCUUCCUGCCCAAUCGCAUGCACAAGCAGCGUCUGGAGCGGCUGCAGCUGAUCUGGGGGGAGAGCUGCUUGGAGGACGAGGAGGAGCUGGAGAAGGAAAUGUACCGCGAAGCCCGGGAGUGCCUGACGCUCCUGUCUCAGCGCCUCGGGGACCAGAAGUUCUUCUUUGGAGACUCCCCUGCUUCCCUGGACGCGUUCGUCUUCAGUCAUCUGGCGCCUCUCCUGAAAGCCAAGCUGCCCAAUGGGAAACUGCAGCAGCACCUGAAGUCCCUGCAGAACCUGUGUGACUUUUGCUCCUCCAUCCUCAGCCUCUACUUCCCCUGGGACGGAGGGGACUCCCCGUCCAGCGCCCCCAAGACGUCUGCCUCCGAAGGGACCGAGUCUGAGGAGGAGCCCUACAAACGGCGCAACCAGAUCUUGUCGGUGCUGGUGGGACUGGCGGCGAUGAUUGGCUAUGCCUUCCUCAGCGGGAUCGUCUCCAUCCAGCGGGGCCCUCCUGGGGCUGCUGGCCCCCGGCCAAUAGCUAUGGAGGAGGAGGAAGAGGAGGAGGAGUGAGGCGCUGGUCUCGGGGCUUUGGUUCUCACUCGUCUCAGUAUCACUUGAACUGACUCUUUUUUUACAGUGCUGGGUACUGCCUAGUCUGAUUCCUGCAAACUGCCUCUGUGUCCCGGCAGGACCCAGUGGCCCUGUUCAGUCUGGAUCCCGGCGCUGCUACAAACACCAGCCCAGAUUUCUAGACUGUGUCGCAAGCAGUCUGCCCCCCACUAAUAAACCUGGAGCGCCCCCU